AUGGCCACGCAGACAGGAAAUUUUGCCGAACAGACGGGAGAGGCUGGAGCUGCAAUUUAUUCACCAUUUGUGUUAUCACUCUACGAUCUGUGGGUCUUGAAAAUCUCAAAUUCAUUUGCUUGGCGUUGUCCGACAAAGAGCAUCCAAUUGCCAUUCUUCAAGCAAUUCAUCGGCAAAAGACAUCUCGAUAUUGGUCCCGGAUCAGGUUAUUACCUCGAGCAUGGUAACAUCCCCGAAGAAACCGCCGUCACAUUACUGGAUCUGAACCAAAAUUCACUUAAUGUCGCAAAACAACGACUCGGCAGACCGUCGACUGUGACAAUCGAAGCCGACGUGACCCAAAUACUUCCCCUGGAGGGGGUUUAUGAUUCAAUUUCGUUGUUCUUUCUUCUUCACUGUCUUCCCGGUCCACUGGAAGAGAAGAUGAAACUUUUAACCAGUUUGAAGCCGCAUUUGGCCCAGAAAGGAGUGGUGUACGGAUCAACUAUUUUGGGGAAGGGUGUUCAACAUAACUGGUUUGGAACUCGACUCAUGAAUCUUUAUAAUUCGAAAGGAAUCUUUGGGAACCAGGAGGAUGGUGAAGAUGAGAUUCGCCAGGCUCUCUGCAGGGAGUAUGAGAAGGUGGAAACGAAAGUUGUUGGAUGCGUGCUCUUAUUUUCAGCUUCACAGCCAAAGGAGACCGACUCGGAAAAGAGUGAUUGA